GCGCGAUGGAGCCGGCUGAGGGCUGGGACCCCUACGGGCGGCCGGCCCGGCGCACGCAGUGGUUGGUGAGCGCCCUCGCCUACCACUACGGGCUGGACCGCGGCGUGGAGAACGAGAUCGUGGUGCUGGCCACCGGGCUGGACCAGUACCUGCAGGAGAUCUUCCACCACCUGGACUGCGCCGGGGCCGGCCGCAUCCCCGGCGAGGAUUUCCGCACGCUGUGCCAGGUGCUGGGGCUGGAGGAGGCGGCGGAGCCCGAGGAGUGCGCGGGGCUGUGGGACGGGCUGGCGGCCGGGCUCACCUUCCGGCAGUUCCACGCGCGGCUCUGCGGGCUCUUCAGCACCCGUGCGGGCGGGGCCGAGCCGCGCCUGCCGCUCGGCCGGGACAGCGAGCACAUCGAGACCCAGAUCCGGCUGCGCAGCCCCCGCCGCCGCCGCCGCGGGCACCCCCCGGCCGGGCGGGGGGCUCUGGAGCGGCGGCCGGCGGGGCCCUGCUCCCCCGAGUGCUACGAGGAGAUCGUGGCGUUGGAGCAGGCCGAGGACCGCAUCGCCAAGCUGGAGGAGGAGAACGGCAGCCUGCGGGAGCUGGUGGAGGACAUGCGGGCCGCUCUGCAGAGCAGCGAUGCGCGCUGCCUGGCGCUGCAGGUGGGGCUGCGGAAGAGCCAUGCGAACCACAGGGAAGAGGGGACCUGUUCCAUCGGGAGUAAUGGACCAUUCACACAGAACCACUCCCAGACCCAGUGCCUGCAAAGUGUCCUGAAGGAAAUGGAGCUCAUCCGGAGCUCCAGGGAUGUGCAAAUCGAAGAAGCAAUCAGGUUCAACCAGGAGCUGGAGAGGGAGCUGAAGAGCUCCCAGGAAGCCCUGGCCAGCCUGGAGGACUGCAACCGUAACCUGAAGAGGGAGCAGGCAGAAAUGAGGAGGAAGGUGGAGGAGGCGAGACAUGCCGUCCUGAACAGCCUUGGCAAGGUGAGGGAGCUGGAAGUGAAAGCCAACGAGGUGCCGCGUCUGCAAACACACGUCCAGCAGCUGGAAUUGGAACUGCAGCACUACAGGUCACAUCCAAAGCCAGCUGUGAGCAGAUGGCUGACACUCCAUGUCCAGGGAAAGCUCUUCAACUUGUCAUAGGAACUGGGGGAAAGCACACAGGGCCAACAUUUGGCCAGUGCUUUUAAACUGCUGUGUCUUCACUGCUGCUUCACUGACAGAAUAGGUAAUACUCCAGAAGAGAGAAGCUGAAACUUUCCUAAAUCCACAAAAUAACAUAGUGGGACUCUCAAACAAAAAAUACAUUAUCCAACUAAACCCCGCUUUUGUGAUAACAUAAAUAAACUUUCCCAAAAGUCAGAAAGUUGGUCAUGAGUUUAAUAG